CUAUUCGAUAAACUCAGUUAAAAACUCCUUGAUAGUAUCCGUGUCCCACUUCUCUAUAUUAUAUGUUUGUAUUCGUUUACCCGAAUGGUCUUUCAAAACGAUCUGAGGGGUAAUCCCUCGCACCUGACGAACUCGUACACUAUCACCCCAUGGUGCGGCCAUAUUUUCUUGAACGAAUGCUUGAGCUUGUGGAAAUCGGGCAAGGUUGCAAUCACAGACUUCUAUGUCAGCGUAGGGGUAUGUAAACAUAUAUAUACCAUAUAUACCAAAGCUAAUGAACCAUAUAUAUACCAAAGCUAA